CAGGCCGAUACAGCAGUGAAUCCGGAGUAUUCUUUGUAGAGACUUAAGGCGACAUCUGAUCAACACGGACAGUGGACCAGGACUGUGGCGGAACCCCUCCUCUGACGUAUUUUAUACCUUAUUUAUAUUUAAUUUGGACAGUCUCUUCCUUUCCAAUCUCUGACUGGACAUAAGGCGGAGUGGGAAGAGAGAACAAGGGAGACGGCAGGGGAAAAACCAGUUCUACAGUGGGAAACAAUGUAAGUGCUUCUAACAAUAAGGAUGGAAGAGGAUGACUACAAUAAGCUCUUGCUUGAUGCACCACCUGGACUUUUCUACAGAUUCCCGUUGCUGCCAGUACGUGGAGUCCCCCUCAUGAAACCCAUCGUAGAAAACUGGGAGAAGAUUGAGGCUUUUCAAGCCAAACCAGAUGACCUUCUAAUAGCCACUUAUCCCAAGGCAGGUACCACAUGGAUGCAGGAGAUAGUGGAUUCCAUCAUGAACGAUGGAGAUAUAGAAAAAGCCAAGCGUGCCCCAACUCAUGUACGCAGCCCUUUCCUGGAGAUCUCCUCUCCCCCUCCUGUCCCAAGUGGGAUUGAAGUGUUGGAAAAAACUCCUUCCCCACGACUUAUAAAAACUCACCUGCCAUAUGAAUUGAUUCCAAAAUCCUUCUGGGAACAAGACUGCAAGGUGAUAUAUGUUGCCCGCAAUGCAAAGGACAAUGCUGUGUCAUAUUACUUUUUUGACAAGAUGAAUAAAACCCAGCCAGAUCCUGGCACAUGGGAGCAGUACACGGAAUGCUUCCUGCAAGGAGAAACAGCCUGGGGUAGCUGGUUUGACCAUGUGAUUGGUUGGUGGAAAGCCAAAGAUAAACAUAAAAUCCUGUAUGUGUUUUAUGAAGACAUGAAAGAGGAUCCAAAACGUGAGAUACGCAAGGUGAUGACGUUUUUGGGGAAGAAUAUAUCAGAGGCGGUAUUAGAGAAGAUCUAUCAGCACACAUCAUUUCAGGCUAUGAAACAGAAUCCUAUGGCCAACUAUAGUAGCAUGCCGUCCUCGGUACUUGACCAGUCAUGCUACCCCUUCAUGAGGAAAGGACAAGUUGCCGAUUGGAAGAACUAUUUCACAGAGAAGCAGAGUAAGGCAUUUGAUGCAGCAUGCCAAAGCAGGAUGAAUGGGAUGGAUCUCAAGUUCCGUUACAACAUCUAACUUCCGUCUUUACAGAGACUAUACAAAUCAUGGAUUCUAAAGAAAUAUUUACUGUCUGGAGAUUCAUGUGAACCAAAUACUCCCUUCAACUCAGAUACCUUGAACUGCAGAUAAACCAAAAAUAGCCCAGUCAAGAAGUUUACUGUACAGACCUACAAAUUAUCAUUUAUUUCUACACCCCCCACCACCUUGUAAAGUGAGGGGGGCCUGAUCCAAAGAGCUUACAAUUAAUGUGCCCAAUCCAUAGAAUAUCCCUCUAUUGACGGCUGUGCUGAAGUAAUAUGCAACCAUUUACCCUACAAUGGCCUCAUUAAAAGGGAUAGGAAAGUCAAAAUUAAACUUGAACAAUUCAGAUAGAGCAGGUAAUUUUAAGACACUUAAAUUCCCUUCUAUUUUCAAAUGUGCUUCAUUCUCUUUGUAUCCCUUGUUGAAAAAGAAUACACACAUAUCCUACACUAGUGGGAGCUAGUUGCUGAUUGGUGCCUGCACACAUUUGUCUCUUGUGAUUGGUUGACUAGAUGUAUUAAGAGAAUGAAGCAAAUUUAAUAGAAGUAAAUUGGAGAGUUUAACUUUAAAAAUUGUAUUUACUAUCCAAAUCAUGGAACAACAUUUUGGGGUUUCUUGUCCCUUUAAAAAUAAAUAUGACAUUAAUAUCAAA